GAGAGAGGGAGGGCAGAGAGAGAAAAUAAAGUACAUGAAGUUUGUAUUUAAGUUCCUAUAAGUAGAGAAGAACGGAGAAAGUUACAGACUUGGACAAACAACAUUAUAUCAGGACCUAUAGACACCUGGACCAACCUGGAGAGAACACAACAUUAUAUCAGGACCUAUAGACACCUGGACCAACCUGGAGAGAACACAACAUUAUAUCAGGACCUAUAGACACCUGGACCAACCUGUAGAGAACACAACAUUAUAUCAGGACCUAUAGACACCUGGACCAACCUGGAGAGAACACAACAUUAUAUCAGGGCCUAUAGACACCUGGACCAACCUGGAGAGAACACAACAUUAUAUCAGGACCUAUAGACACCUGGAGAGAACACAACAUUAUAUCAGGACCUAUAGACACCUGGAGAGAACACAACAUUAUAUCAGGACCUAUAGACACCUGGACCAACCUGUAGAGAACACAACAAGAUGAGGAUCCAGCUGAUAGUCAUCCUCCUCUCCUUCAUGACAGGUUGUUUGAGCUCCUUCAAAGUGACAGGAUACUCUGGAGGAACUGUCAUCAUCUCCUGUCAUUAUUCCACAGAAGACAGAAGUCGUGACAAAUAUUUCUGCUCGGGGCAGUAUAGUUAUAGUUUGAGUUGUGAGGAUCAAAUCAGAACUGGAUUGAAUAACACCUGGAAGCACAGUGGUAGAUUCUCUCUGUAUGACAACAAUGGAGGAAACUACUUCAAGGUGAUCAUCAGACAACUGACCAGACCAGAUGAAGGGACCUACUGGUGUGGAGUGGACAAACCUACUGCACCUGACAGUUAUACCAAGGUAGAGCUGGAUGUGAAGAAGGAUGACUGCUGUGAGAAGUCAGUCACAGAGACGGCCUUUCUGGGAGGAGAAGCUUCCAUCAGAUGCAACUAUCCAGAGGACCAUGAGAACAGAAUCAAGUAUUUCUGCAAGGAACAAGAUCGCUUCAUCUGCAAUUCCAUGAACUCCAAAAACAACAAAAUAUCUGACACCGUACAGCGAUUAUCUCUGUCUGACAACAGAAGUGAGAGAUUCUCCACAGUGACCAUCAGUGACCUGACUGAAGAUGAUACUGGGACCUACUGGUGUGGAGUAGAAACCAGCAGGACAGAACAACGUUACAUUACACUGAUCACACAAGUGAAGCUGCUUGUUAUAACUUGGAGGAACGUCAGACUUGUAAAGAAGACAGGACAUGUUGGGGGGGUCGUCAGUCUCUGGUGUAAAUAUCCACGGGAGAAUGCGGAGAAUGAGAAGUUAUUUUGUAAAGGGGACAGUCCUUCAACAUGUGAAGAUAAGAUAACAUCUAGGAUACAGAACAAAAUGGCCGACAGUGGCAGGUUUUCCCUGUUGGAUAACCGUGAGAAGACCAUCUUCACAGUGCACAUCAAAGAGCUGAGACCCGAGGAUUCUGGGACAUAUUGGUGUGGAUCUAAUAGGAGAUGGAGACCUGCAGACUCCACUAGAUUUAUCCUCUCUGUGGUGAAACCAACCAACACCAUAACAACAACAACAGCAACACCACCAGACCCACCCACAACCACCUUCCUCUCACCAUCAUCAUCAUCAUCAUCACCAUCAUCAUCACCAUCAUUACCAUCAACAUCAUCAUCCCUCAAUGGAUCUGGUACCUCAGUGGUCAUCAUGGUGUCUGUUAGUCUGGUAGUGUUACUGCUGCUGAUCAGCCUGAUCCUAGUCUACAGAUGGAAAUACAACAAGGUCACAGGAUCUGUCUCUUCAACACACAGAGUGAGUCCAGACACAGUAAACAAUGACGGGGGUUGUCAUGGUGACGGUGACUAUGAGGAGAUAAUGGAGCGCCCCCUACAGUCAGACUCAGAUGCUGCGACCUCCACCAUCUAUGCCACCGCCAACUUACCCACAAGCUACUCUGACUCUCCCCACUAUGCCAGCAUCAAUUUCCACAAGAUCCCCAGAUUCCCCGAUGAAGCCAGAGUCACCAUUACUAAAGAGGGCAGGUGCCCCAAUGAAGCCACCGCUUCCAUUGCUAAAGUGGGCAUUUCAUCAUGUGACUACGCUACUGUGAACUUUGGUCAAUGCCCCGUCUACUCUACAGUCAAUCAUCCACACAGCUCCUCUGAGGCUCCUCCCAUCUACUCCACAAUCAGCAAACCUAGAGACACCUGAGUCAAUGGCAACCAAUCACAAGAUACAUACACACACUGGCGACCAAUCACAAGAGACAUAUUUUAACUAUAUGCGCUGACCUCUAUUUUUUUUUCUCUCUCCAAAGCCAUCACCUACAUAGAGAUGAACCUGGAGUAGAGUCCCCUAAGCACGCCGGUCCUGGUGCUCUGUUCACAAACAGACCCCACAGAGACCCAGGACAGCAAGACAAUUAGACCCAACCAAAUCCUGAGAAAACAAAAAGAGAAUUACUUGACACAUGGAAAGAAUUAACAACAAGAAACAGAGCAAACUAGCAUGGUAUUUGGCCCUAAACAGAGAGUACACAGUGGCAGAAUACCUGACCACUGUGACUGACCCAAAAUUAAGGAAAGCUUUGACUAUGUACAGACUCGUGAGCAUAGCCUUGCUAUUGAGAAAGGCCGCCGUAGGCAGACAUGGCUCUCAAGAGAAGCUGAGAGGAAACUGAGCUGCACUUCCUGACCUCCUGCCAAAUAUACGACCAUAUUAGAGACACAUUUCCCUCAGAUUACACAGACCAUAAAGAAUUAGAAAACAAAUCCCAUUUUUAUUAGCUCCCACACAGCAGCUCCCACACAGCAGUUUCCACAAGAAAUGGGCAACCAGUGAAAAACAAACGUCAUUGUAAAUAUUUAUUUUCACUUAUUUACUUGAACUAUUUGCACAUCGUUACAAAACUCUAUAUAGACAUAAUGACAUAAUGUGAAAUAUAUGUAUUAUCUUGGAACUUGUGUGUGUAAUAUUUACAGUUCACUUUUUAUUGUUUAUUUCACUUUUGUUUAUCCAUUUAAGUUGCUUUGGCAACGAAAACAUAUGUUUCCCAUAACAAUAAAACCCCUUGAAUUGAGAAGGGAGAGAGAGAGAGAGAGAGAGAGAGAGAGAUAAAGAGAGAGAGAGAGAGAGACAGAGAGAGAGAGAGAGAGAGAGAGAAAGAGAGAGAGAGAGAGAGAGGUUUGGGAAGGUUGUGGAGGUGAAUGGAGAUGUUGUAGAGAGGUUUGGGAAGGUUGUGGAGGUGUAUGGAGAUGUUGUAGAGAGGUUUGGGAAGGUUGUGGAGGUGUAUGGAGAUGUUGUAGAGAGGUUUGGGAAGGUUGUGGAGGUGUAUGGGGAUGUUGUAGAGAGGUUUGGGAAGGUUGUGGAGGUGUAUGGAGAUGUUGUAGAGAGGUUUGGGAAGGUUGUGGAGGUGUAUGGAGAUGUUGUAGAGAGGUUUGGGAAUGUUGUGGAGGUGUAUGGGGAUGUUGUAGAGAGGUUUGGGAAGGUUGUGGAGGUGUAUGGGGAUGUUGUAGAGAGGUUUGGGAAGGUUGUGGAGGUGUAUGGGGAUGUUGUAGAGAGGUUUGGGAAGGUUGUGGAGGUGUAUGGGGAUGUUGUAGAGAGGUUUGGGAAGGUUGUGGAGGUGUAUGGAGAUGUUGUAGAGAGGUUUGGGAAGGUUGUGGAGGUGUAUGGAGAUGUUGUAGAGAGGUUUGGGAAUGUUGUGGAGGUGUAUGGGGAUGUUGUAGAGAGGUUUGGGAAGGUUGUGGAGGUGUAUGGGGAUGUUGUAGAGAGGUUUGGGAAGGUUGUGGAGGUGUAUGGGGAUGUUGCAGAGAGGUUUGGGAAGGUUGUGGAGGUGUAUGGGGAUGUUGUAGAGAGGUUUGGGAAUGUUGUGGAGGUGUAUGGAGAUGUUGUAGAGAGGUUUGGGAAGGUUGUGGAGGUGUAUGGAGAUGUUGUAGAGAGGUUUGGGAAGGUUGUGCAGACAUGAGGUGACAGUUGAUGGUCUAGUAGGAGCUGUGUGUAAAACGACAGAACAGGCAUCCACAAAUACUGUCACCAUUUUGCUUUUCUCUCAUGAUGGUAUCGAUGAUAUACAUGGAAAUAGCCCACCCA